AUGCCCACGGCACUGACUGUACAGGACAAGUGCCUACUGCUUCCUGCCUGUUUUAUGCACGAGAGACUAUCCACUUCCUUUUUCCACCUGCUCCUCAUCAUGAAGAUGAAGUCAGAUGCCCCGCCCUCUCAAAGCAUCACACUCCUGCUUUUUCCUUCUCUUCUCCUGCUAUUUUCAGCACCAGACCUCGUCUGUGGUGACUGUUGGCUCAUCGAGGGGGAUAAGGGCUACGUAUGGCUGGCCAUCUGCAGUCAGAACCAGCCGCCAUAUGAGACAAUCCCGCAGCACAUCAAUAACACCGUGCAUGAUUUACGGCUCAAUGAGAACAAGCUCAAGGCUGUAUUCUUCUCCUCACUGAGCCGCUUUACAAACCUGACAGACCUCAACCUGACAAAGAACGAGAUCUCCUACAUUGAGGAUGGCGCCUUCGCUGGCCAGGCUAACCUCCAGGUGCUGCAGCUGGGCUACAAUAAACUGACCAAUCUGACGGAGGGCAUGCUGCGAGGCCUGGGACGCAUACAGUGCCUCUUCCUGCAGCACAAUCUUAUCGAGGUCAUUGCCACGAAUGCCUUUUGGGAAUGCCCGAGCCUCAGCAGUCUGGACCUGUCCUCUAACAAGCUGGCACGUUUAGAUGCGUCCACGUUCAGGGUGUUGGGAAGACUGAUGGUGUGCGAGCUGGCAGGGAACCCUUUUCACUGUGGCUGUGACCUCUACAGCUUCCUCGUUUGGCUGGAGGCCUUCAACAAUGUAACACACACCUAUGAUCGACUACAAUGUGAGACUCCACGGGAGCUUUUUGGCUACCCGUUGCUAAGUCCCGUUGGAGGACCUGGUCGGAGUGCGCUCAACAUCCUCGCCUCAGUGUGCAGAGAUGGAGUGUUUAUUCCAGGGAUGACUUCAUUACCACCAGAUGGGGAUUCCUCAGGCAUGGGACCUGAUAUGUUUGAUCGUAUUGGACCAUACCAUCAGCCCACAACUUCAUCCUCCUCAGAGAACACGUUCAGCCCUAGUAUCACACUUCAACAUGUGUCUCUUUCUUCAGCGUCCUUGCUUGUGCAGAUACCGCGGCCAUACAGCAAGAUGUAUAUCUUGGUACAGUACAAUCAGAGCUUUGUUUCUGAUGUGAUGAACCUGAAAAACAAGAAGGAGUUGAUUACACUAAACAAGCUCUUUCCAAACACAAAUUACACUUUUUGUGUGGCCUCCAUACGUAACUCUCAGCGUUUUAACCAUACAUGUCUUCACUUUGCCACUCGGACUCCCACGACAGAUGACUUGCUGCCCACUCCAUCCACUACUACACAUUACAUUAUGACCAUCGUGGGCUGCUUGUUCGGGAUGCUGAUUGUUCUUGGCCUGGUGUAUUACUGUUUGAGGAGGCGGCGAAGGCAAGAAGAGAAAGAGAAAUCAAUUUGUGUGAAAAAGACCAUCCUAGAGAUGCGGUAUGGACCGGAGGUUGCAGCUGCAGCUGCCAAUGAUCCAACAGCAGUGCAGAAGCUGCAUGAUCAGGCCCACCAUCAGCAUCACCAUGGCAAGCUUCCCAUGUCCUCCUCCAGCUCAGGCAUGCUGGGUCAUGGCCCUGGGAACACCAGUUCCUCACGUCUCUCCACUCUUCCUCAAGUAGAGAAGCUGGCCACAGCCUUCUCUGAAGCAAUGGCAACCAAGGGCAACUACAUGGAUGUUAGGACUUCAGGAGCAGGAGAUGAGAGAGGGCGAGAUGGAGUAAGGCAGGCUGUUAGAGCAGAAGACCUAAUGGAGGAAGAUGGAAGUGACCUGGGAGAUGACUCAGAUGAUGAUGACGACGACGGUCGAGGGUCAGCAUCAGAGAUCUCUACUAUCGCAAUGGAAGUUGACAAGGUUAACCAGAUCAUUAAUAACUGCAUAGAUGCACUUAAACUCGACUCUGUAGCAGCUGCCACGUCGAGUGGAAAUCCAACUUCACCACCACCUAGUAGCGCCUCCUCCAUAAGCAGGGGGCUAAUUCCACUUUCACCUGGUGUCAGUGAGGCCUGUCAGGUCCUGCCCUCGCCAAAAAUCCCUCCUCCACCUCCUCUGCCUUUAACAACUUCCCUUUCUGAAAGGCCUGGGAUUACAGGAGGAGGCUUCGUAUCACCUCCAUAUCGCCCUCCACCACCAGCCACAGCAGUGAGACCUAUUCAACGACAGAUGAGUGCCGAUGCAGCUGUGAUCGUCAGCUCUUCUAAGAAGCAUUGUGGCCCAGCUGGUGGCAAAGCUCGGGUGUACAGCCUGGAUGUGCCAGAACCACGCAGUCCUGAUCCCUGUCAGUAUCCCGAGAAGGGUAGCCCAGUCCGAUGUGGGGAACCUCUAGAUAGGCUACCCUUAGUUGUUGGUGGUGGUGGUGUAGGCUGUAACAUGGAUGGAGUCACUAUGGAUGGUGUGAGCCUUCAACAGCACCUGGAGGUACAUCCAGACUUCCACUGUGCAGAGCAUCGCCACUCGGUCCCUGCCCUUUACUACGAGGGCUCCCAUGACUCCCCUGCACAAAGAGCCUCUUUCCUCAAACCCCUAUCACGUGCCAAGAGAGACGCUGCUUCUUAUUCUCAGCUCUCGCCCCACCAACACAGUUACUCUGGGUACUCGUCCAGUCCGGAGUACUCCUCCGAGAACACGCUGAGAAUCUGGGAGCGAUUCCGUCCAUAUAGAAAGGGUCCACGCGAGGAGUCCUGCUACAUUACAGCUGGAAAUGCACUGCGCAAAAAGGUCCAGUUUGCAAAGGGGGAGGACCUACAUGACAUCCUGGACUACUGGAAGGGUGUGUCAGCACAGCAAAAGCUGUGA